AUGGAGGCUGGGGGCUGCCUCUACCAGUUCCGGAUCGCGCUGCUGGGGGACGCGGCCGUGGGCAAGACGUCGCUGCUGCGGCGCUACGUGGCGGGCGCGCCCGGGGCCCCGCAGCCGGAGCCCGAGCCCGAGGCGGAGCCGCCCACGGUGGGCGUCGAGUUCUACAGCCGCGCGCUGCAGCUGCCGGCCGGGCCGCGCGUCAAGCUGCAGCUCUGGGACACGGCGGGCCACGAGCGCUACAGGUGCAUCACCAGGUCCUUCUACCGGAACGUGGUGGGUGUCCUGCUGGUCUUUGAUGUGACAAACAGGAAGUCCUUUGAACACAUCCCAGACUGGCACCAGGAGGUCAUGGCCACUCGUGGCCCCGACAAGGCCAUCUUCCUGCUGGUUGGCCACAAGAGUGACCUGCAGAGCACCCGCUGUGUCUCGGCUCAGGAGGCAGAGGAACUGGCCACCUCCCUGGGCAUGGCCUUCCUGGAGACCUCAGCCAAAAAUAACUGCAACGUGGAUCUGGCUUUUGACACCCUUGCUGAUGCCAUCCAGCAGGCCCUGCAGCAGGGGGACAUCAAGCUGGAGGAGGACUGGGGGGGUGUCCGACUUAUCCACAAGACCCAAAUCGCCAGGUCCACCAGCAGGAAGCAGCACCCAGGCCCAUGCCACUGUUGACUCUGGGAGGGAACCGGUUAAAGUGGUGCUGGCCUCCGAGGAGCUGGCGGGAGGGAGAGUUAGUGUCCCUCUGGAGGGCAAAUGGAAGAAUGUAUCCAAAGGGUUAAUAUAAA